GAGCCGCAGGAUGGACCGCAGCCUGCCAGUUUUCUCCAUUCAAGAUAGUCCCUUUGGAGAUGCGCCUCUGGGUCGAAGCCACUACUGGCCAUCCCGGAGCCAGACCUGGUGUCCCAGGGUGAGGACACCCCUCAAAGAGUGCUGAGUGCCAGCCCAGUAGCAAGAGAAUGACCUUUAGAGGACCCUGAGCCCAUCCAGAUCUCAGAGAUCCAGGAUCCCACAAGCUCCCAAGGCUCUAGCCACAGGUCCCAACUCCCCUCAGCUGUUUGAGGAGUCCUGGCCAUCCAGUUCAGGGACCCCUUCCCCGCCCAGCACCACUGAGGGACAGAUGGGGGCCUCCCCAGCACCCACCCUGAUUGACAGCGGGGACUCCGUGGUGGCCAAGUAUAUAAAGAGGUUCCGCCAGGCUCAGCCCACCAGUCGAGAGGAGCGCCAGCCUGCAGCCCCAACCCCAGCUGACUUUUGGUGGCUGCAGUCUGACUCUCCAGACCCCAGCAGUCAAAGUGCAGCAGCAGGAGCCAACAAACCAGAAGGAAGGCCCCAUACAGCUGUUCCUACUGUGGCCAAGGUGACCAGUGCAUCCCACGCUGUGGCUCCCCUUCAAGAAAUAAAGCAGAACCUCAACACAUGGAACUCAUCCCUGCUGGACCUGGAGACGCUGAGCCUACAGAGCAGAGCUGCCAGGCUGCUCAAACGCAGCAAAGCCUCCAUCUCCUCCUCCUCCUCCCUCAGCCCCAGUGAUGCCAGCACUUCCUCAGUCCCCACCAGCUCCGAUGUCCUCUCUCCCUUCUCGGAGACCUUCAUCCCUGACUCCAGCAAGGGCCCUGGCCCCAGGGCACCCGAGAGAAGCUGGGACAGUAUCUGGAGAGCCUGUCUGAUUAGCCCGCUGCACAGUUUGAGGGCGUGUGUGCAGGCUGUCAUGGGGUUGCUGAUCUCCCUGGCCCCUGCCUCCACCCUCUCCUCUCUACCUCUCCCUACAGCAUCCCUAGCACCAGCCCAGGCCCAGACCCCCACCCCUGCUCCAGCCCCAGCCUCCUCCUCCCAGGCACCCCUUCGGCCAGAGGAUGACAUUCUGUACCAGUGGCGGCAGCGGCGGAAGCUUGAACAGGCUCAGGGAAGCAAGGGUGACAGAGCUUGGGUGCUGCCUCUGACCCCUGCCCUCUGCACUCUGACCUCUCCUGCUCCAGUGGAGACCCUCAGUUCUCUGGGGACCCAGCCUAACCAUGUCCCACUGUGGAGUGGUGUGGCCCAGCCUGGUCCACCAGAGGCCUUCUAUGUGGAGAGGCCUCCUUUUCCCUCAGUGUCCUCUCCACACAUCUUUUGGGCCCCCAGCUCUCAGGGGUUCUUCUGGGCCCCACAAUCUGGGCCUUGGGUAUCCCUCGGGGCUGUUCCUCCCACGCAGCAGGCCUCCACCCUAGCACAUCUGGGCUCCACCCUCGCGCCCUCAGCUUCCCUGGCCUCUACCCUCGAACCCCCGGCCUCCACCCUUGCACCCCUGGCCUCCACCCCAGCUCCCCUGGCCUCCACCCUUGUACCCCUGGCCUCCACCCCGGCUCCCCUGGCCUCUACCCCUGCACCUCCAGCCUCCACCCUGGCAUCCGCAGCUGUCCCCCAGGGCCUGCCCAUCCCUGAGCCAAGCAGCUGUGCCCAGCCUAAGAGCCUGGGGCCCAAGUCUCAGAGGAGCAGAGCCCCUCGCCUAGAGGCUGCUGAGCAAGUCCCUGCAGCUGGCCAGGGACCUGGCCCUCAGCUCAGGGGUGUCCUGGGCCAGGUAGUGGCAGCUCGGCUGUUCCCUGACAGCCUGGAGGACACACCUCCUCACUUGGAGGGCCCGCCUCCACCCAAGGCUGGAUCUCCGAAAGUCAAGGUCACACAAUCCCAAACCAAGGUCACUCCCCUUCCAUCCGAAUCCCAGUGUCGGGCCAAGGCCGAGUCUCUGAAAGCCAAGGCCUUGCCACCCGCAGCGGGGUCAGUGAUAUGGAAGAGCGAAGCCACUCCUUCCCCUGGAGCCUGCCUGCAGCUCGAGGUCCCACUCUCUCCAGCUGAGCAGGCAUCCGCAGUCAAGGCCUCGCCGCCUUCCUUCCAAGUGGGGUCUCCGGAGGCCCCGGCCCCGCCCCCGCCCGCUGCUGACCACGCCCCCUCGGAGGCCCUGCUCGCCCAGGCCGCCCGGCUGCUGCAGGCUGCAGAAGACUCCGACGGCAGCGACUUCCAGGACGAUCCCGUGCUGCAGGUGCUAAGAGCCCAUAGGGCAGAGCUGAGUCGGCAGAAAAGGGAAGCGGACGCCCGAUUAUCGUUCCUGUUGGACCAGGCCGAAGACCCGGGAUCUUGGUCCCCUCCAGCCGGGUCGCCCUCUAGGUCCCCAAGGAGGCUGCUACGAAGGGAAGGAGCUUCCCUGGAGGCCAGACGACUUUGAAUUGUACAGAUUCUAUUUUACCCACUAAGGCUUUUUUUUUUUUUUUUUUUUUUUUUUUUUUACGGUUACUGGUUAUCUGUGAGAAAGGGGUUGUUUGGAAAGGCCAAGGGGUCGUGCCAAUUUACGGAAAUGCCCCCCAUCCUCCACUGCCCCGUGGCUCUGCCCUGCCCCCUACCCCUUCCUGACCACGGAAACAAGAUCUCCUUUCUGAUUAUAUCUUCCUUGGGGCAGAGGGAGUUUCAGACAAGACUUCUGGCAAGACUGGGACCCCCCUUUAUCUGACUUCACUCAGGAGCCCUGGCUCAAAUGGACCAAAGGACUGUCCUCCGGGGAAGAAGCUACUAGGGUCAUCAGAGUGUUGGAUGAUGGUCAGGCUGUAGCCCACACCGGCUUGAGCAGCAGCAGCAUCUGGUGCAGCUGACCCCUCCCUCCUUGAAGCACUUUCUCUCCCUGUUUCCAGCACUUCUCUCUGCACCUCUCUGGUCAGGCCUCGUCACUAGCCCAGCAUGUCAACUUUGGCAUGACCCAGGGCCAUGGCGUUGACAUCUCUAUCUACACCCAUCCAUAGGUGCUUUUGUCUAGCUUAAUGACUCUAAACCCCGUCUCUAUUCUGAUAAUCCUCAAAUUUCUGUCUCUAACCCAGACCUGGCCACAAAACCUUAGGCUCCUACCUCAUCACCAUUUCUACCCAAGGGUUUAAAAGACAUCUCGAAUUCCAUAGGUCCUAAACAGAGUUUCCAGUCUUUCCCCCUAAGCGUGCCUCUCCCCAGCUUUCUUUUUUUUUUUUUUUUGGACAGAAUCUAGCUCUGUCGCCCAGGCUGGAGUGCCGUAGUGUGAUCUUGGCUCACUUCAAGCUUCGUCUCCCAGGUUCAUGCCAUUCUCCUGCCUCAGCCUCCCGAGUAGCUGGGACUACAGGUGCCCGUCACCAUGCCCGGCUAAUUUUUUUGUAUUUCUAGUAGAGACGGGGUUUCACUGUGUUAGCCAGGAUGGUCUUGGUCUCCUGACCUCGUGAUCCACCUGCCUCGGCCUCCCAAAGUGCUGGGAUUGCAGGCAUGAGCCACCGUGCUGGGCCUCGCCUCCCCAACUUUCUUCAGCUCUGUCCUUUGCUGCUCAGACCAAAAACCUUAGAGUUGUCUUUGACUUCUGUCUUUCCCUUCCACCCACAGUUAACCAGCAAAUCCUGCCAUCUCUGCCUUUAUUUUAUUUUAUUUUAUUUUAUGUUUUGAGAUGGAGUGUCACUCUUGUUGCCCAGGCUGUAGUGCAAUGGCGUGAUCUCGGCUCACUGCAACCUCCACCUCCCGGGUUCAAGCGAUUCUCCUGCCUCAGCCUUCUGAGUAGCUGGGAUUACAGGCACCUGCCACCACGCCCAGCUAAUUUUGUAUGUUUGUUUGUUUGAGACAGAGUCUCUCUGUGUCCCCCAGGCUGGAGGGCAGUGGCACGAUCUCGGCUCACUGCAACCUCUGCCUUGCAGGUUCAAGCUAUUCUUCUGCCUCAGUCUCCCUAGUAGCUGAGACUACAGGCGUGUGCCACCACGCCUGGCUAAUAUUUGUAUUUUUAGUAGAGACACAGUUUCACCAUAUUGGCCAGGCUGGUCUCAAACUCAGGACCUCAUGAUCCUCCUGCCUCAGCCUCCCAAAGCACUGGGAUUACGGGCAUGAGCCAUCAUGCCUGGCAAUUUUUUGUAUUUUUAGUAGAGACGGGGUUUCACCAUGUUGGCCAGGCUGGUCUCAAACUCCUAACUUCAGGUGUCCCACCCACCUCGGCCUCCCAAAGUGCUAGGAUUACAGGUGUGAGCCACCGCACCCGGCCUCCACCUUUAAAAUCUAUCCAGAAUUCAACUGCUUCUCCCCUUCUACUGCUUGCACCUCAGUCUAGGCUGUCAUCACCUCCUAUCUGAACUGUUGGAAAACUUACGGUUUUUAUAAACCUGAUAUUCUUUGAUACACUUGCCAUCAAGAGGUAGAGUCUAUGUCCCUUCAUCUUGAAACUGGGCCCUUCAACAGAUAAAAUGCAGAGGAAGUGAUGCAGCUUAACUUCUAAAGUUCAGUUAGAAGAGAUGAUUUCUCAGCUGGGCAUGGUGGCUCACGCCUGUAAUCUCAGCACUUUGGGAGGCUCAGGUGGGCAGAUUACUUGAGGUCAGGGGUUCAAGACCAGCCUGGCCAACAUGGUGAAAUGUCUCUACUAAAAAUACAAAAAUUAGCCGGGCAUUGGUGGUGGGUGCCUGUAAUCCCAGCUACUCGGGAGGCUGAGGCAGGAGAAUUGCUUGAACUCAGGAGGCAGAGGUUGCAGUGAAAAAAAAAAAAAAAAAAAAGAUAAUUUCUCUCUCUCUCUUUCUCUCUGACACUUGCUUUAGAGGCUACAUUAAAAAAACUAGUUGCCAUGCUGGGGAGGAGUUUGGGUUACACAGGUGUAUGCACUUAUCAAACUUAGUGAAGUGUGCGAAUUUCAUUGUAUGUAAAGUUUACCUCAAAAGAAAAUAUUGAACGCCAGUUAAAGAUACGCCUGUAAUCUCACUUCUUUGGGAGGCCAAGGCGGGAGGAUCACUUGAGGCCAGGAGUUUGAGACUACCCUGGGCAACACAGCAAGACCUGUCUCUACAAAAAUAAAUAGCCAGAUGUGGUGGCACACGAUUUGUAGUCCCAUUACUAGGGGUGGGGAAGGGCGCUGAGGCGGGAGGUUUACUUGAGCCCAGGAGUUCAAGGCUAUAUUGUAGUGAACUAAGCUCAUGCCACUGCACUCAGCCUGGGCUACAGAACUAGACCCUGUCUUCAAAAGAAAAGAAAAGAAAAGUAUGUACACUGAAAUAUUUAGAGAACAAUAAACCAAUGUUGACAAUUUAUUUUGAAACACAUCCAGAGAUGAGUUGGGUUGAUGGAUAAAUAGGGUAAUAGGUAGAUGUGAGAUAAAGCAAAUACAGCAAAAUGUUCAUGGUAAGAUCUAAAUGGUGGAUAUGCAGGUGUCCACUGUAAAAUUUUUCAACUUUGCUGUAAUUUACAAACUUUUCAUGGCCGGGCGUGGUGGCUCAUGCCUGUAAUCCCAGCACUUUGGGAGGACAAGGCGGGUGGAUCACGAGGUCAGGAGAUUGAGACCAUCCUGGCUAACACGGUGAAACCCCGUCUCUACUAAAAAUACAAAAAAUUAGCCGGGCGUGGUGGCGGGCACCUGUAGUCCCAGCUACUCAGAAGGCUGAGGCAGGAGAAUGGCAUGAAUCUGGGAGGCAGAGCUUGCAGUGAGCCGAGAUUGCGCCACUGCACUCCAGCCUGGGUGACAGAGCAAGACUCCAUCUCAAAAAAGAAAAGAAACUUUUCAUAAUAAAAUGAUGGAGAAUAUAUGAUUGGGGUUGUUUUGAUAUCUGCAUUUACAAAACGGAGGGAUAAGAUGGAUUUCUAGUAACUUCUGUAUGUCACAUGGUAAAUAUUUGUUUCCAACCUUUCUUUCUUUCUUUCUUUCUUUUUUUUUUUUGAGAUGGAGUCUUGCUCUGUCACCCCG